GUGUGACUGCUAGGGCCUGUCUCUACCCCGCUAACACACUUAAGCUGGGCUUAACCAACCCAAAUCUGAUUAAUACCCCCUCCCGUCCUCUCCCAGCACCCUUUGGGCCUCUCGUAAUGAGAGCUAAACAAGCCCAGACCCAGACCUGAACCCACAGAUGAAUAAACGGGUGAUUACAGCAGGCACAGAGAGAAAGGGAGACGUAUUGUCUGUCAGGAAGGAAGAGUUAAAGGCUCCUAAAGAUGAAGAGCGAGACCGAAGAGGAGAGCAGGAUAGAGGCCGAAACAGUUUUGGAAGACCAAAAUCACUGACGGAAAUGAGGACAUAUAAAUUAGUGUAUACAACGCGUGGGAAAACUACAACAGCUAUCGAAACCCAGAGUACGAGUUCAGAGGAGAUCGUCCCGAGCCCACCCUCUCCGCCCCCUCCUCCUCGCAUCUAUAAGCCCUGCUUUGUGUGUCAGGACAAAUCUUCAGGGUACCACUAUGGCGUCAGUGCCUGUGAGGGCUGCAAGGGAUUCUUCAGGCGAAGUAUUCAGAAGAACAUGAUCUACACGUGCCACAGAGAGAAGAACUGCAUCAUCAACAAAGUCACCCGCAACCGCUGUCAAUACUGCCGGCUGCAGAAGUGCCUGGAAGUGGGAAUGUCCAAAGAAUCAGUGAGGAACGACAGGAAUAAGAAGAAGAAAGAAGAGAAAAAGCAAGAAUGUACAGAAAGCUACACACUGAGCCCAGACACAGAGCAGAUGAUUGUCAGAAUCAGAAAAGCCCACCAAGAGACCUUCCCCUCGCUUUGUCAACUCGGCAAAUACACCACGAGUAACAGCUCAGAGCGACGCGUGUCACUGGACGUGGAUUUGUGGGAUAAGUUCAGCGAGCUCUCCACCAAGUGCAUCAUAAAGACGGUGGAGUUCGCCAAGCAGCUGCCGGGAUUCACCACCCUCACAAUCGCAGACCAGAUCACACUGUUGAAAGCCGCUUGCCUCGACAUACUGAUUCUGAGGAUCUGUACCCGCUAUACGCCUGAUCAAGACACCAUGACGUUCUCUGACGGGCUAACGCUGAACCGAACACAGAUGCACAAUGCUGGCUUCGGUCCGUUAACAGACCUGGUGUUCGCCUUCGCCAAUCAGCUACUACCGCUAGAAAUGGAUGAUGCAGAGACGGGACUGCUCAGUGCUAUUUGCCUGCUCUGUGGAGAUCGGCAGGACCUGGAGGAAGCCGAUAAGGUGGAUGUACUGCAGGAACCUCUGCUGGAAGCACUGAAGAUCUAUGUGAGGAACAGGAGGCCACACAAACCUCACAUGUUCCCUAAGAUGCUGAUGAAGAUCACCGACCUGAGGAGCAUCAGUGCCAAGGGGGCAGAGCGUGUGAUCACCUUGAAGAUGGAGAUUCCCGGCUCCAUGCCUCCUCUUAUCCAGGAGAUGUUGGAGAACUCUGAGGGUUUGGAGAGUUCCUCGGGUGGGAUCAGUUCACGGGCCGUCGGCGCCCCUUCAGGCAGUUGUAGUCCCUCCCUUUCUCCAAGCUCUGCCCAGAGUAGCCCACCCACGCAGUCACCAUGACAACCGUCAAUGCCGACAUCAUUAGCCACUUACUGACGACUUUGUGCCCUCCCCGACACGACAGCAGACACAUUCAAAAGCACGCGCUCAUAUUGUCGCUCCUCUGCCCGUGUUCCUCAGAGACUAAGGGGGGCAUCAAAGGUGUGUCGCUGGAACUUUGUUGUUUUCUUUCCUCAGAUCAGACUGUGAUUGUAGUCCUCCUCGAUUUGGCCACUCUGAGUCCUUUUGGAUGAAGGGAGGAAAACCGCUGGAGGGUGAAGACAAAAUGCGCAAAAAUGAAUGGACAAAUGUAUAGAAGGAAUUAAAGGACUUUUCUUCUGUUUUGAUUCUUAUGGCCUGGUUUCAAAUGACCAGAAACUGAUUUUCUACAAACUAAAAGUAUAUAUAAAUAUAUAGAGAGAAAACGUGGAAUGAAUGUGAUUGAGAACAGAAUGAAAUGUGGACUUUAUGUAAAGAUGCAAAUUUCCUCACUUUAUGCCUGUGAAAGGACAAAGAGUGAAUUGUUUUAUUUCAGACUGAUGAUGAUGUUUUUCAUGGAGAAAAAAAACAUUGAAAAGAAUAUUAAUUUCCACUCACAAAAUUGUGCACAGAAGAUAUAAAAAUGGUCGCAACAAACACCAUUUGUGUGAUGUGUUCUUGUUCUUCAUCUUCUAAGCUACUAGCAAAUACCUCAAAGAUU